CUCGUAAUACGAAUGUGUCCGAUCACUAUAAAUUAUCGAUCGUUUAGAGGGAGCUCAGGACAUGAGUUUACAUUGUCAACUUUCAAAUUCCGGGUUUUAAUUUGCAUCAACGCAGGCCAUAAUGAAAUCGUCAUCGACGCGAAAAACCGCACUCAUCCUAGUUGACGUACAGAAUGGCUUUCUGCACCCAACCUUUUGGGGCGACAGUCGCAGCACUCCAGAAUGCGAGUACAAUAUAGAAAAAUUACUUCAAUCUGCUCGCAACCAUAGCAAGGGGUUACCAGAGACUCGCAGCGACAAAUCUGUACUCAUUUGUCAUGUGCAUCACCACAGUAUCCAACCAGAUUCCGAGCUGCACCCAGAAAAACAGAUCGAGGUGAACGGGAAGGUUUUAUUAGCGACGGACCCCCAGAGCUUUUCAUCUCCUGUCUCUGGGGAGUCCGUAUGGGUCAAAAACGUCAACUCGGGAUUUAUCGGAACAGGACUCGAGGCUUUCCUGAGAGAAAACGGAGUCAGACAACUGAUCAUCUGCGGAUUGACUACAGAUCAUUGUGUCAGCACAACGACACGCAUGGCAAGCAAUCUGAAGAUCGUGGACAUCGUGAACGACAACGGUGAGGUCUUGGAAGUGGGAGACAUCGUACUAGUUGGUGAUGCUUGCGCAACGUAUGCGAAAGGCGGUUUUGACGCCGAGACCGUUCAUCGAGUCAAUCUUGCUAGUUUGGACGAGGAAUUUGCUCAGGUGGCCUCAACGGAUGAUGUUAUUGAGAAAGUAUUGAAGACUUGAAUUGCUCGUUAGAAAUAUGAACUUGGAGGAACAAAUUCCGAAUAUCCAGGGCAAUGUGUGGGCAUGGCAAACGUGAAGCAGGUACAUAUUUCGAUUGGUUUGAAGACUUGAUCAAUCAAAUCUUACUAAUAUUGCGUAUGUGAAGAUGUCUUAGAUACUAGUGACUCUUAUA